CACACAACCCACGGGGGGACUCCUUACCACGCCAAACAAGGCUACAACCUGAACCUCCGCCAUCAUGUCUCCAACCCUCCUCACAACAAUCUCGUCAUCACAUCCCCAGCCCUGAGCUCCAACCCGCAAUGCCACCACCACAACCCUCUCAACCAACCAUCCUCCACUCCCUCACGACUCCCGCCCUCCUAACCCGCAUCCUCGCCGCGCAGUCCCCCGCGCCCGCCACGCUCGUAAUCUGCUCCACGCGCCCGGCCUUCCUCGCCCACCUCGUCCACGCGACCAAUACCCCGAGCUCUAGCCGCUCAGACGCGCUGACUCCGACUCUGCAUACCCUCGCGACGUCUUCGCAGAUCAAGCUCGUGUUUUGUCCGAGCGUGGCGAGCUUGUUGGGGUGGUUGGGUGUGUACAAGGGGACGAAGGACGUAGCGGGUGCAGGAGCAGGGAAUGGGGACGAGGAAACGAAGAUUAUCAGUGGUGCAGGAGCUGGAGGCGGGCGGAUACUGUAUCUCGUCGAUCCGCUAGCGCUGCAUUCGCACACGCCCUCGUUCUCGGCGCAAGGGCUUGGGAGGUGCUUUGCGGCUGCGGUGGAGGCGGCGGCGAGGGCGGGAGAGGAGUUGGUGGUUGUGGAGUGCGGUGGGAAGAAAGGGAUGAGUUUGGGCGUGGAAGAGGGGGGCAGUGAAGGUGAUGAUGCAGAUAUGGGUGGUGGGGAUGAUGGAGGUGUAGGUGGGCGAGAAGAUAAUGCAGAAGAGGCUGGCCGAGGUGAGAGGGAUGAAGAUCCGUGGGAGCAGGAGGUUCCGAUAUUGAACACCACGAUGCGUAGGCUCGGGGCUGGGAGUGGUGAGAGGGGCUGGGCCGGGCGGACGGUGAAGGUCAGGACGGUUGCGGAGAGGUGGUUCAGGUUUGACGUUGACGGGGAGAUAGAGGUCCCAGAAGAGGAGAGGGAGCGUAUGGAUGAAAUGUAGGUCACGGUUCAUGGACUUAUAAUCAAAGAAAGUGUACAAGCAUGUAGGAGUAUCUGGAAUUCAUUCAAAUGCCGUGUAAAGCCCAU